CCUGGGGCGCAUAUUCGGAAGAUAUCGCCAUCGGCCCGCAGCAGCAGCAUGGGACGAAACGGAUCGAAGCGCCGGCGCGGCCGCCAUGCCGAGGCGAUCGACGUGGAAGACCAUGAGGACGAGGGCGACCGCAUGGACAUCCUUGCUCGGCUGCCACAGAGGGUGCGAGGAAGGGUGCAUGAUGAUGACCCGCAUGGCAACGAUGCUUCAUAGGACGACACGAUGGAAGAGGACGACGCGGACGAGUACGAAGAAGCGGUUGACGGUGAAGAAGAAGCAGUCGACGAUGGUGAAGGUGGCGAGAGCGAUGUCGAGGAGAAUGAGAACGACGACGACAAUGACGAAGAAGACGACGACGACGAUGAGGCAGCGCAAGAGGUUGCACCGACGUAUCCGCGGCGAUCACGACGCCACUCGCACAACCCCACAGACGAAGACGACGACGUCGUUGUCAUCGAGACGAACCGGCGCACGACGCAUGACCGAGCCGAGCACCGAGCCGCGCGUCGAUCGUCGCAUCGAUCGUCGCUUGCCGACGACAGCGAAGUGGAUGCUGCUUUUGCAGCUGAAGAGUCGCGCCGGGCGCGUCGUGCACGACGCGACGAAGUCAUGGACGUGGACGAAGCACCCGCUGCAACGUCGCGCAGCACCCGACGGAAUCGUCGCGCCGUCCACGAAGAUGAUGCAGUCGAUGAGAACGAGGACGAGGACGAGGACCAUGGGCAUCGCCUCGAGCGCUCGUCGCGACGCCGCACACGCCGGUCCAACGACGUUCACGAUGACGAAGACGAGGACGAGGAGACGCCACCGACGACCAAAGCCUACACGUUCCGGAACCGAUCGCAGCGCCACUUUCGCUACACGCCAGACGAGCCUGUGAAGCGCUUGAAGCGCGAGCCCGUCGUCGACGACGGCAACCAGUCAUCCGAGAGUACGCGGCAAACGCAAGCGAUGGACCGGGCGCGGCGCUACGCGUUGCGGCAGCAGCAGCACCACGAGGACGGGUUUCUCGAACAAGCUGCGACCGGCGCGCUCCACAAGCCGAGCCGCCGACGCCCGAAGCGUAUCCGCGAGCUCUUGGACGAAGUCGAGUCGCUUCACGCGGGCAGCGACUCGCCGCCGCCAUUGAACUUGAGUGCUGGCUACUCGCUCCGCAACCGCAACACGAUCCGGCGGACGGUCUCGACGUACGAGACGCUGGCAGCAGCCGAGACGCGGCCAUCGUCCAAGACGUCGAGCAACCCGUACAGCGACUAUUUGAGCCGGCGCAGCAAGAAGGAGUACGAACCGCCGCGCCAUCGUCGGCAACGCAAACCCGCAGGCAGCUCAUCGGACGACGACGACGAAGACCGCAUCGUCAAGCGCCACAAGCGCGAAGUGCACGCGAUUUUGCCCCUCAACGACACCUCGGGCAAGAACGGGCAGCUGCGCGCGGACGUGGCGCCGAUCGAGAUCGACAAGUCGGUCAACUGGGACUCGGUCGGCGGUCUCCACUCGCACAUCAACGCACUGAAGGAGAUGGUGCUUUUGCCGAUGCUAUACCCCGAGUUUUACACCAAGUACGGCGUCACGCCGCCGUCCGGGGUCCUCUUUUACGGCCCACCGGGCACGGGCAAGACGCUCAUGGCGCGCGCGCUCGCCAACAGCUGCACGGACCAGCACAUUACGUUUUACAUGCGGAAGGGCGCUGACUGCUUGAGCAAGUGGGUCGGCGAGGCCGAGCGCCAGCUGCGGCUCCUCUUUGAACAAGCCAAGCGCACGCAGCCUUCCAUCAUCUUUUUCGACGAGAUCGACGGCCUUGCGCCCGUGCGCAGCGCCAAGCAAGACCAGAUCCACGCUUCGAUCGUCUCGACGCUGCUGGCUCUCAUGGACGGUCUCGACGGCCGCGGUCGCGUCAUUGUGAUCGGCGCCACCAACCGGUUGGAUGCGAUCGAUCCUGCCCUACGCCGCCCCGGCCGCUUUGAUCGCGAACUCGGGUUCACCUUGCCCAACGUGGAGGACCGCGCUGCGAUGCUGCAGAUCCACACCAAGUGCUGGCAGCCGCCGCUCGCACCGACCUUUCGCAUGGAGUUGGCCAAGCAGCUGCAUGGCUAUUGUGGCGCCGACAUCAAGGCCCUCUGCGCCGAGACCGCUCUCGUCGCGCUCCAUCGCACGUAUCCGCAAGUGUAUGCGAGCACGGCCAAGCUCGCGAUCGACGCGUCUUCGAUCCAGAUUUCUCGCGCGGACUUUCACGUUGCCUUCCGAAAGGUCAAGCCCGCUUCCCACCGCAGCCACCAAACGCUCGCGCAGCCGCUGCCGACCAUGCUUGCCCCACUCCUCGAGGAUGCUCUGGAAGCCCUUGUCGAAAAGAUUGCGGCCGCGUUCCCGAUUGCGACCCAGUCGUUUGAUCGGUCGGCCACGCCAGCGGCCCACGCAGGCGCGUCAUCGGGUCCGUCCAUUUUCCUCGCCGAGCACCACGAUGCGUCGUGCCAUGCGUGCGGUCUCGACGUCGGCGACGCACCUGCUCUGCGCUGCGAGACGUGUCCGCGCUCGCUGCACGCGGCGUGCGCUCCGAUGUCGGGUAUCGUGUGUAGCGGCUGCGCCAUGAGUGCACUUGUCGUACUGCCGGCGCAGUUUGCGAGUGCCCAGGCGACGCGUGUUCUGGUGCACGGCGCCGAUGGCAUGGGCCAGAGCCCACUCCUUGCUGCGCUCUUGCACCGCUUUGAGCGCCUCCUCGUCUUUUCGCUGGACCUGCCAUCGCUCUUGAGCGACAUCAACCACCACAACCUGGAAGAAGCCAUGCUCGGGCAGCUCAAGGAGGCCAAGAAGAGCACCCCAAGCAUCGUUGUCUUGCCGAACGUGGACGUGUGGUGGCACCACACAAGUGUGACGGCGCACGCGCUUUUGGAGAUGUUUUUGCGUGACUGCCAACACUUGCCGCUGCUGUUGCUUGCUACGUCGUCGACACCGAGCGCGUCACUCCCAGCCGAGCUGCAGCGCCUUUUUGGCGCUGCCUCGACGGUCGCCGUUGCUGCGGAGCCCCCGUCAACAGCGUCACGCCGCCGGCUUUUCCAAGCCGUGUUUGCCGCCUUUACGCGACCGCCCGUCAAGGCCCUCAAAGCGCCGGCGCCGAUUCCGCUGUUGGCGCCGGUGGUGGCGCCCAUCAAGGAAGACGUGAUCGUUGUCGACGACGGGCUGACGCUGCGGCACGAGCAGGAAGCGCACCACUUGCGCGAGCUGCGCAUCUUUCUCGGGAUGGUCAUCGACUAUUGCAUGGAGCAGAAGAAGAACGCGCCGUUCUUGUACCCGGUCGACCCGGACGACGUGCCGUCGUACUACAGCGUCAUUACGCGCCCCAUGGACCUGAGCUUCAUGCGUGAAAAGGUCAACGACGGCGAGUACGACACGUACGAAAGCUUCCUCAAGGACAUCCAGCUCAUCGUGCGCAACGCCAACGAGUUCAACCCGCGCGGCUGCCCAACGCGCUACGUGGCGCACGCGGCGGCGGCCAUGCAAGACAAUGUCAUGAGCUUUGGCCACCGUUUCCGGCAGCAACAGGGCUACGACUUGUUUGCCAAGUGCCGCGAGAUCAGCAAGCUGCGUGAGAAGGAGGCUGGCAAGCCGCGCAAGCGGCGCUUCGCACCCGCACGCAAAUCGCAGCGCAUCAUGGAGGACGGCGACGAGGGCGGCGAAAACGAAGCAACCAACGAGGCGACCGUCGACGAGCCAACACCCGAGCAGCCGGACGCGACGCCGGAAGCAUAUGCAUCGUUCGAGGUCGGCGACAAGGUGUUUGUGGAGAGGCGCACGAUGCCAGGCAUGAACAAGCUCGGUGGCGCCGGCAUUGUCACUGACGUCCACAUGAGCACGGACGACGACGACGACGUGCCGUACUAUUCCGUCAAGUACGUCGUCCUCGGCGGUCUGGAGAAGCGGAUUCAUCCCAAGUACCUCCGCCUGCUGACCGACGACGUGCUGAAAGACUCUUUUGAGAUCAAGCGCUCGGACCCGUCGCUAUCGACGAGCUCGGCAAAACACCCGGCGCAGCCGAGCACCGCGUCGCUCGAGAAGCACCAUUUCGACACGGUGCUCUGGCCGACGCUGUACCAAGAAGGGUGGGAGCGCGUGCCGUGGGCCGACCCGACCAGCGAGAAACCAAAGUGGAUCCUUGUCUCGACCGUGCCGCCGUCGGCGCCCGAUGUGUGGACCAAGGACUUUAUGGACUCGGUGCAGAAGGACCUUGUGUGGUUUACGUCCCGCAAAGCAGCGCUGGCGUACAUCAAGUCGGACGCGGAGCUCUCGGCCAAGUGCUUUGGCCAACGCUUUUUAGACGAGAACGCGACGACGCCGGUGAGCCCUCGCCACGCCUCCAAGGCGCGUCUCGAGGACGAACAGCGGCAAGUCGCCGAGACGUUUCGCAUGGCGCAGGAAGACAAGCCGGCUGUUGAGGCGAUAGUGGUCGAGACUCUGGUCGACGACGAAGCGAGCUGCGACCCGCCGUUCGUCUGCGACGAGGUGGCCAUGUCGGAAAUGCUUAACAUGAUGGUCGACAAGACGGACGGAUGGUCGGUCGACACGCUCGUCGCCGAAGUGCACGCGCUGCAUCUGCUCGGGGCCGCCCACGAAGCCGCGUUUGAUCGCACCGCGCUCCUCGAGGCGGUCACCACGCGCGUCGCUGCCCACUAGAAACUGCAUUGUACAGCGUUCUUGAUAACUAGAGAAGGGUCGCUUGCUUCAACUGCAGGCACCCACUUCAACUUCGACGUGGCCCUCAAAUGAGGCGCUUUUUACACUUGA